ACAUCAAUGCAUCAAUAAUUAAAGUCCAGUAACAUAUAAUAAUACAUUUUGUGAAACGGGCCAUUCUGCUUAGUAGGCUAUAUUUUGACGCUAAUAAUAAGUAAAUGAAUGCAGGACUUUAACUUGUAACAGAGUAUGUCUACACUGUGGUAUUACUACUUUUACUUAAGUAAAGGAUCUGAAUACUUCUUCCACCAAGUGUCAUUGAUGGUACAAACACACAUACCGCCUCACGCCAGUAGAGGGAGCCAGAUGACCACGUAAUAACCAGCAGUAAGGCCUUUAUUUCCAGCAUUUAAUGACAUUUUUGUUACAAACUAAUGGACAAACUCAAUACAGCAGUGUUUAUUACAUAGCGAGGAAUACAUAUCUGAUGUUUAGCAAACAUGUUAUUUACUACAGUGGUCAAUAUGUGGGCUGAGCAGAUGCUACCGACUGAAACUAAAUUGGCACAACUGGCAUUUAAUAUUUUACCUAUUUACGUAAAAUAAUGUCUGACACAAAUAAACGUUCUCGGCGGGGCAUGUUAACAUUGUUCAGCCUUGGAUUUAACGCAGGGGAAAGUUUCGUCGUGAUAAAGACGCUUUAGAACAGAACGCCUCUCGCACACGUUUGCGUAACCACACAGAAGUAAGAAUAAAAGCAAAGCGCUCCUAAAAAGUUUGAACUUAUUCAACUUGGCUCUGGUGUUUUACUCGCAACUCUUCUCGCCAGCCCUCCCCGUCGACGUUACGCACGCAGCCGUGGCGUGCCUGCAAGCCAAAUAACAUGGAGUCCUCUGUCUGGCAUCUUCAAGGGAUCCAUGCAAAAAAAAAAACCUGAGCGGCGAUUAAAAGAGCAAGUUUGUCCGUGGGAGCAGUGAAAGCCUCUGGCGAGCAUCGUCUCGGGCCGUAAAAGCUUCCGCUCCGUCUUCAAAGUAUGACGAACGGGGCUUAAACCUGCCUUUCACUGCGAUCCGCAAACCAGGCCGAUUUCAUGUGUGUUCAUGUUUCCAGAAGAAGAGGAGACUGCACAAUGUAGGAAGGCUGGUCCCCAGUGGGACUCCAUACUGUUCUCUGGGGGACCAUGGAGCCAGAAGGGCAACCUCUAACCCCAGGGACCAGCUAUGGGACCCCACCCUUCAACUCACCACAAAACCCCAUCACACCCACCUUCCUCAACUGCACCUUACAGUCCUCAUGUUCUCCGAAUGUGAGAGACGGCCUGAUGUCUGCCAAAUGCUUGUGGGGCCACGCUGGAGAGGAGGGCCCCAAGCAGACCGAGGGCAUUCAGCCCAGUGCAGACCCUGGGAGGAGCGCACAGAGGAGGUUCAGGUCCUCAGCCUUUCCUUCCUCCCUAAGCUGGGACUCUGACUCUGAGAAAGAAACACUAGAUGAGGAGGAGCUACAGCACUUUUCUAACCCUCAUGGUCUGGCUGCUCACAGCCCAGGAUCUCCUUCUUCUGGACUCAGACUUGAUAGUGAAGCUGACCAAGAAACUGAAAAACUGCAGCACUUGCAUAGCAAAACUGACUCGCCUACCACUGUGGAGGGGCACAGCGACAACAAUGAGAGCACAAAGACAGAAGAGCCAAAUACAUCUCAGCUUGGCCCAACAGAAUUGGCAGACAGCAAAGUCUGGAAUGUAUCUGAGCGAGCUGAGCUGUUUCUGUCCAAAGUAAAACCAAAGGAAGGUUGCCAAAUGGAGGAGGAAGCAGACAGUAGUGAGGGAGAGAAAAGGCCCAAGGGAAGAGAAACCAAGGAGCCUGAAAGAGAUGUGUACAGCUUCCCUGGAGACUCAGACCCCGAGAGUCCCCCUCCUGCCCCUUGGGCUCAUUGCACAUUCAUUCAGCGGUGCAGAAAGAAGAGGGUGCUGCUCAGGCCCUUCUCUGGACUUGGCACCUUGAAGCGCACAUUGCCUGAAACUGGCAAGCGGGCAAGAGUGAGUCCUCAAAAAUCAAAACCUGCUGAGCCUGCACAGCUGAAUCGAGGUGGAGGGGUUUAUGAUUUUGAGGAAGUCAACUUUGGAGAGGGAGCAGUGGAAGAACCGACAAAGUUCAGAGACAAAGGAGGGAAAAGAGACAAAGAAGAAGAAAGUGGGGUUGUGCCAGGUAAAGAAAUCUUCACCUGCGUGGAAUGUAGCAUUUACUUCAAAAAGCAAGUCCACCUGCAGGAGCACAUAGUUGAGCACUGUCAGAGUGGUGCAGGGGGUGGCAGGCGUUUAGGAAAGGGCGGCCGUUUUCGGUGUAUUGAGUGUGGAUGGAACCUGCCAAAUCGGCUCGCACUGGCAGACCACCACAGAAGGCACCAGGAGUCCCGUUUGAAGAUCUUGAAGGAGAUUGAGAAACUGAAUGAAAACGGGAGAGAGAUUCAGAAACUCGACAGUGAGGUGGUGAAGCAUAUAAGCCCAGACCCAGCUAUUAUGCAAGAUGCAAGCGCAGCCUCGAUUCCAGGCAAAAUGUCAGACCCAGAAAUAGUCACAUCUCCAGCUCUUUCCCCAGCCCCAGUUUCAACACCAGACACAGACACAGCAGUUCCUGACUCAGAAGCAAUUCCUCCGAAUUCAGUUCGAACUCCAGCUCAGGCCCUAACUGUUUCUGCCUACCGUCGCCGCUUUGUCUGCACCAAGUGUAACUUCAGCACAAGAACCUCCCAGGCACUGGCCAAUCACACCAAGACUCACAACAGAAAAAAAGCCGCUCUCCAGGCGGACUCCCCAUCCCUUGGUUCACCAUCAUGUUUGGCAUCCACUUCCCUGGCCUGUGGUCAUUGUGCCUUCUUGACCUCAAGUCAAACUGUAAUGAGGGAACACCAGAAACUUGUUCACCCAGGACAGGUCUCUGUCAGUGAGGCGCAGGCUGAUGAGACUGGCCAGCAUUCAGAGUCUAAUGUGGGUGCUCGAAUUUCAAAACCCACCCUAGAUUCUGACCAUCUCUCUGGAUCUGGAUCCUUGCCCGAUGCAACUCAAAGCAAAAGCCAGCAAGGAGCCACUGCCUCUGAGGACAACACAACACCAGACAGCGCUGCAGCUCGGCCCACAAGUCAGGCGAUUUUCAAGUGUGUUAGGAACAGGAGAUUUAGCAGAAGAGGGAAGACUUGGACUGAUCUGGCCAAGUUUCAUCCCAGACUGGAUGAUGACAAGCUUCCCGGGAGUGAAGAAGAAGAGCGGCAUGAAGAUCAAAACACAGAGCUUGACACUGAGUGCUCCCAACAAGAGGCCAGCUCACCUAUGGGAGUGAAACCGCACACUAGAGCACAAUCAAACAUAGAUGACUGUUCAGCACAGCAGAGUGCUACAUUAUCGCUCCCUCCUAAGAAGAGUGUAAAGGAUGAAGACAAGCUGGAAGUGGAGAAAGAUGGAAAGGUUUUCUUUUUGAGGAGGAGCAACCGGGUUACUGCUGCUCCAGCAGAAACUGACAGUGAUGAUGAUGACGACGACAUUGACGAGGAACGUGUGCGACGUUUCCUGUCAGAGGGCAUCUUGGAUGAAGACAACGACGAGACUGAUGAGGACACAGAGGCGCUCAAGAGUGUGGAAAGGAGAUGCCCCUACUGCCCCGAUCGAUUUCAUAAUGGCAUUGGGCUUGCCAAUCACGUGAGAGGCCACCUGAACCGAGUGGGCGUCAGCUACAAUGUGCGUCACUUCAUAUCCCCCGAGGAAGUCAAUGCGAUUGAGAAGAAGUUCUCCUAUCAGAAGAAGAAAAAAAAAGUUGCCAACUUUGACCCGGACACAUUCAGUGUGAUGCACUGUGAGUUCUGUAGCGCUGGCUUCGACACCCGGGCUGGCCUGUCGAGCCAUGCCCGGGCCCACCUCCGCGACUUCGGCAUCACUAACUGGGACGUUACCAUCUCGCCGAUCCACAUCCUGAGGGAGUUGUUCUCCAGCAGGCCCGACCUUGUAAUCCCCACAGCUCCCCCUCGGAGCCUUGGAUCUCCACAGGAGGAGGGUGAGGAGGAAGAGGAGAGGGAAAUGGAGGAGGAAGGGGGGGGAAUCAUUGGGGUAAAGCUAGAGGGGGAGACAAGUGAAAGGAUGCGGAGUGCUGCCGUUUCUGAUGCACUGCCUUCAGCAUCUCCUCAACGCUGCAAGAAGGAGGAUGGUGUAGAAGAGUGUGAAGGUGAGGAGGAGGAAGCAGCUGAGGAAGAGGAUGAGGAAGAGCUGCAGCUUCCAAGUCUGGAUGGUCUGAGCACAAGCCCAGCGAAAACAGGGCUGAGCGGCGUGGACACGGACGGCCUGUCCCCCGGGGAGGAUGCAGACUCCAAAGUUGACAACUUGAAGUGUGAGGUGUGCGGAGCUCAGUUUGAGACCAGGCGGGGACUGUCCAGCCACGCCCGCUCUCACUUGCGCCAGCUGGGCAUCAGCGUUUCGGAGAGCAGCGGGGCACCCAUCGACCUCCUCUACCAAAUUGCCAAGGAGCGCAACAUAGACCGCCAAAUAAGCUCACCUCUUCUGGAGCCCCUUUCAGCCAAGAACUCCUCCCCGUCCGUUCCUCAGAAAGAUGAGGAUUUAGAAGACAUGGACUUAGACGAGAAACCCAUCCCUCUCUCCAUCCUGGCCAAAGCAGCGAAAGCAGUGCCACCCUCUUCCUCCUCCACGCCCACACCUUCUCCUGGUGCCUCUCCAGCUCCGUCUCAUUCCGGCUCCCCUUCCUCAGUAGUGAGGAAAGCCCCCAUUUCUUCUCUACUGCCUGUGUCUUCCCCCUUGCGCUCCCCGGAGCACAAGGCUGGGGCAAUGAAAAGCUUGACCUCUAACCUCUCCACCCCGGCCACCAUCACAGCAACCAAACCCCUCUGGGCACCUCAGGAGAAUGACGCUCCUCUCAACCUCACACUGGAGGUGGACCCCAACAAGGACAUCGUUUGUCAGCUGUGUGGCGCCUGGUUUGAGACUCGGAAAGGCUUGUCCAGCCAUGCCCGAGCCCACCUGCGGCACUUUGGGGUGGAGUACUCUGAAUCCAAGGGCUCUCCCAUCGACCUCCUGAACCAGCUCAUUGAUACUGACGACUUCAAGCGCAAAGCCAGUGCAUUGCAGCUCGACAGCCACACGGGACCACGGGGCCUCACGACCACGCUCUCCUCCCCAAAGCAGUCCCUGUUGAGCCUCUCCUCUUCUUCCUCUUCAUCCCUCCUCUAUAAGGUGACCACAGCUGGGGGUGGGUCAACAUCCAAAGCUACCUCUUCCUCUGCCUCAUCUUUACUUGGCCCACCUGCCAAGCGUCUCAAGUCUUCUUCCAUGCGGGUCUUCCGCCUGAGUAGCGGGGAGCUCAUGGCCCUUCCACACAGUGAACCUCCAAAGGAAAUAGGCUGUGAGUUCUGCGGGGAAUAUUUUGAGAACCGUAAAGGCCUCUCCAGCCACGCCCGCUCCCACCUGCGCCAGAUGGGCAUUACUGAGUGGUCUGUCAACGGCUCCCCCAUCGACACCCUGAGGGAAAUCAUCACAAGACGGGGCCUGCCUUGCGCUCUUCCUCUAAAACCUCUCAAAACUCCACCUCCGUCCUCUCCGGGACCCCCUCGAUCCCCUCUGUCGACCUCCUCCUCUCCUUCAGCUACCCUCCUCAGUCGUCUACCCUUCGCCUUUGCCCGCCCCUCCAGCCCUCCUCAGCCCGCGGGGUCUAAAUCAAGCUCCGCUCCACCGACGUCUUCUAGCGGGCUUAUCCUCAAGCUGAAGCCUGAGCCGGUGCAGCUGGAGGUCACCACGCCCGGAGCUAUGGGGAGAUCUGCCGGCUUCUCUGGAGAACCUCUCAACUGGAACAGCUCUGACAGUGUGUUCCCCCUCAACUUGGCCAUGGCCCAUGAAGUGGAGCCUACAAGAGACAUUCGCUGUGAGUUCUGCGGGGAAUAUUUUGAGAACCGUAAAGGCCUCUCCAGCCACGCCCGCUCCCACCUGCGCCAGAUGGGCAUUACUGAAUGGUCUGUCAACGGCUCCCCCAUUGACACCCUGAGGGAGGUUAUGCACAAAAGAGGGGUAGGCGCCUCCUCUCACUCAGACCAGGGAGUGAAGAAGGAGUCAAGCCAAGGAGCCAACAGUCCCCCAUGGGAGAACACAGGGGGCACUGGCAGUUCAGAGGGUUUGGGUGUUUCAGGCUACCACUCCUCCAAAUUCCGUAAAUCUCCUCUCAGUUUGCUGCAGUCAGGGUCGAGGCUCCACAAGCAGGGCCUGGGGUCCGUGGGCACAUCUGCUACCCCACCUGCAGGGAAGUUUUUCAGGAUGUCCCCACUGGGGAAAAGGCCUGUGUCUGAGGAGGCCCAAUCAGUGGAGACUGCCCACUCAUCGCCACAUCAGCUUAAGACUUUCUCACCUCUGCCACAUGAUUUCUCCUUCAAAAGAAAACCCUCCCCAGACAAGCACGGACACCAGGAUCCCAGUUGUGAGCUGUGUGGCUUCUACUUUGAGAACCGUAAGGCUCUGGCCAGCCACGCACGAGCCCACCUGAGGCAGUUUGGUGUGACUGAGUGGUGUGUAAAUGGAUCCCCCAUUGAGACGCUUAGCGCCUGGAUGCGCAGCAGGCCGCAGAAGGUGUUGGAGAUGCAUCGUAGCUACAUGCAGGGUAGCCGCUCCACCCUCAAGAAGAAGAGCAGCUCACCUCUCACUGCGUCAACGGAUUCUGAUCAUAUCCUCCCCAUCUCAUCGCAGAAGGCCUCCUCUUCCUCCUCCUCCUCUUCCUCCUCCUCCUCCUCCUCCACCCAGUGGUCUUCUUCUUUGGCUGUGAGCCUGGUGCGGCCGCUGAGCCGCGAGGUCAGUCAGGGCUCUUCCAAGACCGCCGAGGGGGAAGCUGGUACCAAUCUACAGGCCGCUCCCAUCAGGCCCGGCCGCAGCAGUCCCAGCCACUCGCGGCUCGCCAGCGGCCUCCCGCUUCAAGCACAGGUGGCACGCAGUGAGCUUAACGUCCGUCUGCCCAGAGGUUUUGAGCGUCGGCCCUUGAAGCACCCUUCUUGCCCAGAUGGAACAGAGAGGGACAGCGGCCCUCCUAAGCCCCCACGCACAGGCACCGUCCCCGCCCUGGUGCCCAAACCACCCUCUUACCCACUGGUCAAACUGGUGGGCAAGUUCUACACCCUGAAGUGCCGAUUCUGCGAGGUGGAGUUUCACGGUCCGCUGUCAGUGCAGGAGGACUGGAUCAGACACCUCCAGCAGCACAUCCUCAAGAUGAACUACAACAAGCCUGCUGCGCCCAAAGCAGCCUCCGCUGGACCCCCUGCCCCAGCUCAUGACCCAGCCCCAGUCCAGGCCUCUGCCCCAGCCUCCACCUCUACCUCCAGCACCACCUCUACCACACCUGCCCUCACCUCCACCCCAACCCGCACCACAGCUCCCAACAGCCGCUCCUCCACGCCUCCGGCCGAGUGUGCUCCGCCCGUCACUGCCACAGAGAUAGUAAAGGUCUCAGAGGAGCAGCACACCCCAGCUCCAACUUCUAUUCCCCUCUCCACCCAGACAGUGUAAGCUCAGAUUCAUCACAUCAUUUGACCCCUUUUGCUUUUUCCUGCCUUUACUAUUUCUUUUCGUCCAUCUGUUUCUUUCCUUUGGCCUUCACAAAGUGUUGUUGAGGAGGAGUUUUUCCCCUCCAAAGAGCCCUCUGAGCACCUUUUGAAGCAGCUUUCUAGACUGUUACUAAGUCCUGUUACCAUGGGAACAAAGCUCUCCUGGCUUCUCUGUGCACCGGGGAUGGAUGUUUGUGGGAAGUGUCUAAGGUUUGAGGAGAGCGGAACCAGUGUUUUGUGUUUGCCUUGUUUAUAUUGAAUGUCCAGGUGACGACGUUGCUGUACCUCUCCUCCCAUUCACUGGGCGAUUUAGGGGUUAAUGUAGCCCUUUAUUAAACUUCAACCCCCCUUGUCUACUACAGUUUUGUCCCCCCCCACUUUCCCCUAUGAACACUGCGUUACUAAGGCCUGUGAGACUUUGACCAUUUCUAUCAGCACACUGGUAGCGCUGGCGUCAGCCUCUCACCUAAAGGUCCUAACUGAGAUUAAAAUGACAUUUAUGAUCACGCUAGUCUUGUGGUUGAGACUUCAAAUGUGGUAACACUUAGUGUUAAAACAGGCACUUUUAAUGUUGACAUUGUCACUGAGCACUUACUGAGGCGCCCAUUUAAAUGGGCGAAAUUUGACAAAGAUUAAUUCCGAUUGGUUUAAGGAGCAAGAAGUUGAAGCACACCCAAAAAGGGAAGAUCCCCUUGUUAACUUUAUAAUGUAAUACGCUCCCCAAAAUAUACAUUUGUUUGAAUGUAGCUUAAAGCACCUAUUAAUACAUUAUAUGCACACAUUCAUACACAAUCAAACAUAUGCCCCAUGUUACUAUACCAUUGAUAGUUUUACCUUUCGUGAUGUUACUACUCCACAGUCUGCUCUUUUCAGCAGAUAGGGCUGCUGUUGUGUUGAAGGCACAGUUGCUUUGUAAUCUCCCUUUCUGGAUUGGAGAAGCAGGGCCAUAGAAAACCUUCAAGGUGACAAAUUUCAAGUUUUUCCAUUCACAGUGUUGCCAUUUUCGUCCUGCCUUUUUCAAUUAAACCCAAAUUAUUAUUUAUUUAUUAUUAUGCAUCUGAAUGUGGUAAGCUAGGUCAUUUUAAAGCUAAAGUAGAACUUUGGAAUGUUUGAAAAUAGGUCAGUGGUGCACUUUUACACUAGUGCACAAUGUGUGCGUGUGUGUGUGUGUUAGUUUGUAUGUUUGUGUACAUACAUAGCAAAUGUGCAUUUGUUUCCCAUUUUAAAGAGAAAGACAGAAGUAAAACUGCUUGGCAGGAAGACACCUCUUUAGCUCAAAAUGAACUAAAUGUGGCAGCCUGUCUGUAUGUAGUCUGAUCAGGACUUAUAUGCAUCCGUCGCCAUGUGAGGAUGUGCCAAAGAGUCUCUUUACUUCCUGGUCUUGCCUCUGUAAAAGCUGUUUACAUUGGACCUGAUGGUGGAGGAAACUCUGCACAGCUAUCGAGUUCCCCAAGGCUCCACACUGAACAAUGGACUGAACCAGCGGUGAUCUGCAUCCACUACAUGCACCGCCCAGUUCCUCCAGUUUGAAAGACUCGGGCUACAAGAGCGGCUUCAUGGGACUCAUGUUGUUACUGUAGGAUUAGAUUAUUCCAAUUAAACAGGAACACAAACCAAACUUGAUUUCAAGCAGGGCUCUUGAGGACUGUCGGCCCUCGGUCCAAACACAGAAACACGUCUGACCUCGGGCUCUUGAGGCUGAAGUCUGCGUGCGGUCUCUUUCUUUCUACGUUGCUUCAGACUGUGUUCAUAUCAACACCACGAAUGAAGCAAUAACUAAAGGGUCCAUGUAGGCUGUCGACCUUUUAAAGUUUGUUCCAGUGUUGCCCAUGUUUGAAACAUGACUGUUCGAUCCAAACGAUACCCAAACCCUUUUAUGGAGUAUAGAUGCAUACUAUAUAACAUGUACUUAAGAAACUGUUGAUGCUAGUAGAGCUAUCAGCAGUUCUAUUAGCAAGGUAGUUAAAAAAAUAAGUGAUCUUAAUUCCUCUAUUGUGAUUUGAUUUAAACCUUUGAUGCUAUGUAUUUUUUAUUGCUCUGUGCAUUUCUGUAUUUGCAGUCCUGCAAGGUGAAUCUUAGAGUAUUUUUUAUUUUUAUCUGUUAGUCUCUCCAAACUGAAACUUUGGUGCUGGUGAAAGUGUUGCAGGUCAGGAGCUGGCGAGCGGCGAGCGACUGAAUGUGAGGAAAACGUUUUAAUGUGAUUGUCACGUCCUGGUAUCAUAGGACUCUAAUAAGCAGGCCUUAAAGGGAACCACUCUGCACGGUGAGAUAUGAUCCUCUCUCUGCAUUCACAGAGUAAUAGAUGCUGUAGCCUCUUGCAGGUGCCGUGGCUGCAUUACUGUGUGAGAUGUAAGUUAGAGGCCGGUGCAUUAGAAUUCCCUUUAAGAUUACCUGAAUAAGCCUCAGCUGGUGUAACUGGCUGUUUAGUGUGUGUGUGUGUGUGUGUGUGUGUGUGUGUGUGUGUGUGUGUGUGAAUGAGUGUGUAAAAAGGCAGUUAGAUGACAAUGAUGUUUAAGAAGAAAAAGACGCAGUUGAGGAAAGAACUGUACUGUACACAAAGGGUUAAGUUUUAAGUGAAUCGACUCCAGAACAAACAAAUAAAUGUGAUUUCAAUUUCA